UAGCAUGGAUAAUUAUAUCUCACUAUUAAUAUAUGAUCAAGUGAGAAAAUUGUCAACUGUACAUUCAGUAAAGAGAACAUUCACCUUGAUAUGAGUUUACUGAUGUGUAGGUUAUUCAAACAUCUAAAUAUAGCUGACCUUGACGAAAGUUUGUUAACAGUUUAGAUGUUACAGUAUUGCAUGACACAUUCAGAAAAUGGUACAUACUGCUGCAGUCAUUACAGUUUUGAUUGGUGUAUUAUAUUGGUUUACUACAAAACAAAAUCCAGAUGACGCACUUAAUAUCAAAGUUAAUUCAACAUAUGACUAUAUUGUUGUUGGAUCAGGGUCAGCUGGAGCUGUCAUAGCUAGCAGACUUUCAGAAGACAAUGAUGUAUCAGUAUUGUUACUUGAAACUGGUGGAUCUGAACUAAACAAUGAUAAUAUACGUGUUCCAUUAAAAGUUGGUAGUUUACAAUUGUCUAAUGAAGACUGGGCGUAUUUUACAAUACCACAAAAAUAUAGUCAUCGAGCGAUGGUUGAUCAGAAAUCAUUUUGGCCACGAGGUCGUGUUCUUGGAGGAUCAAGUUCUAUAAAUUACUUAGCAUUUGUUCGUGGUAGCAGACAUGAUUAUGAUCAGUGGGCUACAGAAGGUUGUACAGGAUGGAGUUAUAAAGAUGUUCUACCGUAUUUUCUAAAAAUGGAAGAUAUACAAUUACCAGAUCUCUAUAAUUCUCCAUAUCAUUCAAGAGGAGGAUACCUACCUGUAACUGAAACUCGUGUCUCACUACUUCCUGAUAUUUACAGUAGAAGUGCAACAGAAUUGGGAUUGAAAACUGUUGACGUGAACGGCGAAGAUAUGCUUGGUUAUGCCUAUAUGCAGUCCAACAUCAAAGACGGAGAAAGGUAUAGUACAGCAAGGGCUUACCUCAGACCUGUUCUGAAAAGGACAAAUUUACACAUUAGUGUUCACAGUUAUGUCACCAAGAUUUUGAUUGAACAAAAGAAGGCAAUUGGUGUGGAAUUUAUCAAGAAUAACAGAAAGACACAAGUUUUUGCCGGAAAAGAAGUAAUUGUUUCUGCUGGGACAGUUAAUAGUCCGAAGUUAUUGAUGUUAUCUGGAAUUGGACCAAAGAAACAUUUAGAAGACCUAGGGAUACCAGUAAAGGCCAAUUUACCUGUAGGAGAGAAUUUAGAGGACCACAUGAUGUUUUUUAUGAAGUAUAAAGUCAACCAAUCAUAUUCUGUAACCAAAGACCGGUCGAAUUCAAUGACCAAUACAAUUUGGUACGAAUUGACGGGAAAGGGAUGGAAUUCAUAUUGUGGAGGCGAAGGCCACAUAUUUGGACAAACGAAAGACAGAAAUAAAAAUGAACCAGAAUGGCCUGAUUAUCAGCUCCAAUUAUCCAAUGCUGCCCAAGAUGAAGACUUCAUUGAGGAAGGACUAAAAUUAAACUUGAAAAGAGAAAUUAAAGAUCAGUUAAAAAAAAGAGGAAGUAAGAAUGAGUUUACCAUAAUGAACAUUUUGUCUCAUCCUAGGAGUAAAGGAACAAUACGCCUAAAAAGUGCAGACCCUUUUGAUUAUCCUAUUAUAAAUCCAAACUACCUACAACAUCCGGAUGACAUCAAAGUUUUAAUAAGCGCUAUUAAAAAAUCACAACAAAUUGCAUCUACCCAAGCAAUGAAAGAAAUUGGUGCAACAUUGAACCCAUUUGAUAUUGACGGUAUAUGUGACAAAGAUAUUUUUGACAGUGAUUCAUAUUGGGAAUGUAUGGUACGUCAUUUUGCUGUAUCUUUUUCCCAUCCAGUAUCCACGUGUAGAAUGGGUGGACUCAUCGACAAGACAGCUGUUGUUGACACAGAGUUAAGAGUUAGAGGCAUUAAAGGACUUCGAGUCGCUGAUUGUUCCGUUGCAAGACGUCAAUUAUCUGGUAAUACAAAUGCACCUUGUAUAAUGAUAGGAGAAAAAGCUGCAGAUCUCAUUAGAGGAAAAGACAGCGUCGCAGAAUUUAGACAAAAAAUAACAUCUUUGAAAUUGUAAUUGUUUGCACUCAUAUACAGUAUUUUUUGGACAUCUAAAUAGUUUACAAUUUUUUCAGGAAAAUAAAUACUCGUCAUAAGUCAUAUAAAUUCUUUUGAGUGUUAAAUAUGUCCUGUAUACGAAUUUUAAAUUCUACAUCUCUAAAAAAAGUCUAGUGAUAAUGCAUAAAUAAUUGUUUGUAUAGAAAAUGAUAUUUUAUAAAGGAUACAUGUACCCUUAUUUAUUCUGAAUACAUUUGAUGCAGUCUAAGCAUCUGUAAUAUUUGUCAUUGAUCACCUAUUUUUAUACCUAUUGUAUACAGUUUGUAAUAAAUAUAUCCAAUGGUU